AUGCCGGGCCUAUUCUCGUGGAAGAACAGAAUUCUGGGCAGGAAAACGCCGGAGCCAGAAAGAGCAAAGCAUGUCACUCUCGCAAGAGAUCAGGGAGUUGAUCGCGAACUCCACAACCAAACACCCAGAAGGAGUGUGCGAUUCAAUGAGGAACGGAACGAAUUCAGCCAAUACAAAGCCCCCGAGUGGCAGAACGACUAUGGUGAGGCUCGAGUAAUAGGAUCAGUUUCUCCAGCCGGAAUGAACGGUUUGGAGAAGUGCGAUCAGACACCGGCGACUGAUUGGCGGUAUGCCGAUUCCUCGUAUCGAGUGACCAUGGCUCCGUUGGCGUCAUCGGAAGUGGUUGAUGAUGAGCCGAUGGUGCGACGAUUCGCUCCUGGACCCGCCGAUUCUUCCACCCGUGCCGGCUCUGUUCUUCAGCAUCUUCGCGAACAGGGCGAGCAUAUUGAGGGUUCUGAGCAGAGACGAUCGGCGUCCACUCUUCCCUCUGUAGGAUAUCGACCCACUACCCCGGUGAGGGUUCCUCCACAACAAUACAGUGGAUCACCUGCAACAAUGCCCCGAUGGGAUACAUACAGGAAUGCUGAGCACUUUUCACAGCAGAACAGCCACAUGAUGCCAUCAGGAGGACGGCAGCUUGAGCAAAUGAACGUGGUAUUUCUGCAAGCCAACGAUGAAGUCAAACGUGCAAUCCUACCACCUGAGGCCAGUAAUUUUGUCGUUUCAAGAUUUCUCAUAGUCCACAGUCUUGACCAAGUGAAAAUGGCCUUUGUGCGAGCAUUCCCGAAUAUUUCGCGUCACUACAUUGAGCAGCCGUCCAUCAAGAUCUACAUACAAGAGCCGUCCAAAGGGCACCUGUUUUACGAACUCGACGAUCCCAGGCAUGCUUUCUUACAUUUUCUUGAUAUCCGGAACAAAUCUGUGCUGAAGCUUCGCGAGCAUUCGGUCACAGGCAUGCAAUCGCCAGUUCGAUUCCUCGACCAACCAGACUACCUGUCAGAGACUGAGAACGACGACAGCAGGCAGAGAUUCGUCUCAUUGGCUCGUCCAGCAUCCGCGAUGGCUCAUUCAGACUAUCGUAAAUCUUCGCGAAAGAGCUACGAGCCGUACGACUCGUACAGCAGUGACACAAGCAGUCAUGACUCGCGAUCGGUGACAAGAAGCGGAUCGGCAACACCGGUUAUCGACCGAGAAUCCAGGGCUCGUAUGGAGACAAUGGAGCGUCAGCUGGCUGGUUUGUCAAGCCUUGUUCAUUCAGCGUUGGUGAGCAAAGGAAUGAGCGAAAGCAGCCGUAGAGAUAUGGCCGAUCUUCGGAGAGAAAUCCUUGCACUUCAUCCUGACGCCGAACGAGCCGCAUCUGAAGAACCACCUUCGUUACCGGACAGUCUCUCAUCGCAUACUCAACACCAACUCGAUCAUCUUCGCCAGAAAUUACAGCAAGCUGGUACUGACAUGAAGCAGCUGAGACGAGUCGCCCAGAUAAAUGCACAGAAUGCUCGAAAAUUCAUCAGCGAAGCAGCCGAGGAAAUAACCAGACUCGUCUCUCAAAAAAUAGUGAUUCCCGUUGUGAAUGCAGUAGGUGUCAUUUUUAGAUUUUUCCAGAAGAAACUGAAAAGAAUAUCGAUUUCAGCCGAGCGGCGAGGGCUCUCUUUCGAGGAAUACAUCACUGACGAUUAUAGAAGGUUUGAGAACAACGUGGAAAGCGUGCGAAGCAGUGUGUUAACCAGCAAUCGAAAGUUGCGGAUGUCCGAAGUCGAGUCGUUGACUGAAGGUCUCACCCAAAUUGGACGCGAAGCGGCCGCUCUCAAAAUUCUACCGAUUUACUUUGAGGCCAGAUGUGAGCUGUACUGCAAUGUACUACUUGUGCUCGCCCAAGCUCAUGCCAGCAUUUCCCUUUCCUAA